GGCCAUGGCCAAUCCACAUAAUUUUUUCACACACAAAUGACAAAUGUAUAGUAACUACCCUUUUACUUCAUUUUCUUUUUGCUUUUACAUUAUUUCUUCUCUUCCACUCAUACUACUACUUUGCUUUACUUUACUGUCAUCACUACAUUAUUUUUUUCUCUGUGUUUUCAAGACACCCUUUUGCCAGCAAGUUCUUUAGCUACUAUUUUGGUUAAGACAUAGAUAUAACAAGCAUCAGCAAUGGGUUCUGAUUGGCUUAAAAAUGUAAUCAGUUUGAGAAAAGCAAAAGAUGGCAGUUCGAAAAGAAUAAAGGGAACUUCUAUUGGACGCAAGGGGGAUGCCCACUCUCAGAAAGAGCCUUCAAGAAGAAGUGGUGCUUCUGUCAAAAAGCACAGAGAAAUGGGAAUUCUUUCUGAGGAUAACGCAGCCAUAAGGAUUCAGACAGCUUUCCGUGCAUAUAUGGCAAGAAAAACUUUGCGUUGCUUAAAAGGAAUAUCAAGGUUACAUGCCAUGACACAACGCCCUUCUGUGAGAAAACAGGCUUCGACAACCUUGAGUGCACUUCAUUCAUGGAACAGGAUACAAUCUGAUAUUAGAGCUCGCCGUGUUCGUAUGGUCAUAGAGGGACGUCUUAAGCAGAAGAAGCUGGAGAAUCAACUGAAGCUAGAGGCAAAGCUUCAUAACUUUGAGGUAGAGUGGAAUGGUGGCCCUGAAACAAUGGAAGUUGUUCUAUCAAGGAUACAUCAGAGAGAAGCAGCAGCAGUGAAGCGGGAACGAACUAUGGCGUAUGCAUUUUCACAUCAGUGGAGAGCCAAUUCCAACCCAAUAGUCGGAUCAAGUAACCAUGAAUUAGGCAAAGCUCAUUGGGGCUGGAGCUGGACAGAUCGCUGGAUCGCUGCACGGCCAUGGGAAAGUCGAAUUCCUGUUCAAUCAAGUCCAAAAAGUGCUAACAGGACAGCACGGAAAACUCCUACCAGUAAUAAAACUCAAACAACGAAAACACCAGUUUCUGUUAAAACAACUUCAGCCAAUUGGAAACGUGCUAUGAAGCCUAGAAAGCUAUCAUACGAAGCAGCAGAUAAACUAACUGCGCAGAAAGGAAUCAACAAAGUUGAGACAAGCAUUGACAAACAGGAAGCGGUAUCUUAAAAGCAACUGAAAGAAGGUAAUAUGUUCAACCUUAGAUGUGUUUCUACAGUUCCCGGGAGGAUGAAUAUGUGUCUGAAAAGUGAAAUUUUGCCUGUGUUCCUUUUGAAUUUUGGAGUUCUUCCGAGCUUAUGUAUAUGAAAGAAAGAAAAAAGUUAUUCGUCGGUUAUAAUGUGUAUAGAUAAAGUAUUUCGUUGUAUAGGUUCAAAGCUCAGAAUAUGCAGUUUCAAUGUUCGUUUUAUUCUGUUUGUUGCCAAUUUUUUUGGCUCACAAAUGUGUUUCGUACAUAAUGUAAAAGAUAAUGCAGAUUGUUUUUGGUUAUAGUAACAUCUUUUUGAUUGGUGAUA